UUAAUUUCGUCUUCAACUUUUCUAAUCUUUUAUUUUGUAUUUUGCAGUUACAAUGACGAAGCAAACAGAGCGUCGCGCUAUUGUCGCCCUCAAGUGAUCACACUCGCCUCGAAGGCCAUGGCCAAUAGUGCGGCCGCCGCCUUCGCCAGCCAUCAGCUACAACAGCAGCAGCACCAGCAACAGCACUAUCAACAGCACUAUCAGCAGCAGCAGCAGCAACAACAGGCGCGUCUGCCCAUCACCGUCACCGCUGGUGGCUGUGGCAUGGCCAGCCAUGAGGGUCGUAUUCAUGGCGGUUUACCGCGCGCACUAUCCGCACCAAUCAUUCAAAUGCAGCCGAAAUCUUGCCUCAGCCGCCGAUCCUGCCUACACCGCUCAACAACGGCCAACAGCAGCGAUAGUCGCAAUAGUGACGCGGCGAGCGCGGAAACGGAGUGUGCGAAUUGCAAAUGCAACGAACAAAGCCGUUGCCGCAAACGUGUUAUCUUUGCAGACGAUGAGGGUCAACCGUUGACGGAAGUCCGCGUCAUGUCAGAACCCUCGAAUGUACCGCCUUUGUGGAGCACGAAAUUCUUGGAGCAAAUCACACAGGGUUUAGUUAGUCCACAUCCCGCCGAUCAGUGGACCGUUGACAAACUCUUUGAAAAAUUUCUUCUACAGGCCUACGGACCAGCAACCUUUGCUCAUGUUGUAUUCGAUACAUUCUCCUUCAAAAUCACAUUGCCGCCAUCCUCAAAACGCUUGGAAUUCUGCAUUUGUUAUCGUGCCAACGAUCAAGAAUACUGGGACAAUAAUGGGGCCAAGAACUAUACUAUAACGAAGC